AUGACGCACCCGCCUCGAGCUCCUGCUCCGGCUUCGUCUUCCGCGGCUGGCCCUGGACCGCCCCUUGUCGCGCCGAUGCCCUCGACGGACUCACUUCAAGCGAGCCUUCCCGAUCUGGACGGCAUGAACGACCUGGACAAGGUGCACUUCUCGCAAGACGUCCUUCGGGUUCUUGACAGGCAUCUUUACCCCAACGGCUCGCCCACCGACUUUAUCUCACCAGAGACCACCCCAUCGGCCGCGCGGCUACCUAGCGAGCUGGACAUGCUGCUCAACGUCGUGAUCCCUAUCGUCAUCUCCUUUACGGAACACCACUCUACGCAAAUAUCCGCGCUGGCGAGCUAUCUUCGCGGUAAGCUCCUGGCGUCCGGCGCGUGCCCCGACUUCUUGCCAAAGGACCAAAGGCAGGCCUUCAAGGACUUUGAGGUGGCGGCAAGGAGCGGAGAAGCGAGGGGGUGGUUCAGGCUAGGGAGGGACUACGAGGGUGUGGGUGAUUUGGGCAGAGCGCGGGAGUGCUUUGAGCGGGGCAGAAGCAAAGGGGACUGCGAGAGCACCUAUCGCAUGGGUAUGGCCAACCUCCUGGGCCAGCUCCACCUCUCACCAGAUCCUUCCACCGCCCUACCGCUCCUCCGAGCCGCGUCCUCGCAGACCACUCCCGACUUCCCCCAGCCGUCUUAUGUGUACGGCAUGCUCCUCGCCGGCGAGCUCUCUACCCCUGCACCUAUCCCACCUCACCUCCUACUCCCGCCGACCGCCCCACCAUCGGACGCCCUUCACGCGCAGCAACAAUCCUCACGCGAAGCUCUAGAGCGCGCGGCACACUUUGGUCUCGCCCCUGCCCAGUACAAGAUGGGAUACCUCUACGAACACGCCUCAUUGGGCACGACAUACGACCCGCUCAUGAGUGUCCAGUGGUAUUCACUCGCCAGCCAGGGCGGGGAGAUUGAGGCGGAUAUGGCGCUGAGCAAGUGGUUCUUGUGUGGUGCGGAAGGACAUUUCGGAAAGAAUGAGGACCUUGCGAGGACGUUUGCGGAGAAGGCGGCGCGACGGGGACACCCGAAUGGAUGCUUUGCGAUGGGGUACUACUUUGAGCUUGGUAUCGGUGGAAGGCAGGACAGAGAUCAGGCGAAGAAGUGGUAUCAACGGGCCGCAAAGCUCAACAACCCGGAUGCCAUCCAGCGACUUGCAGCCCUAUCUGCUCCACAACCCCAGCAGAUGACCCUCUCGGAGCAUCAGUCCCGGCUGAACGACACGCUCGUCCGGCGCCACACCCAAGCCAAGAUCCGCUCCGACUACCUCUCGACCCGUCGGGCUCCUCCUCGCGACUCGAGUCGGGCCCAAGCCAAGCUUGACGCAGCGCGGAUCGACGAGGCUCGGCUCUCCUCGGCCACCCCGGUAUCACCUGUCCCGGGUAACGGUCGGCCGUACUCGACCAGCGGGCUCGUCUCGCCCAAUCCCAACGCCGUCCGGUCCCCCGCGCUGCCCGCUAGCGCAACUCACGCGUCGCCGAAGCCGUCAGGAUCCCCUGCGCCUCCUCAGGUUUCGACGCCUGCGCCAGCCCCACAGAGAGGAUACAUCCUGCAGGAUAGCUUGGUUCCUGCUCUGCCGCCACCGGAGAGCUUCCCGGGCGAUCCGGGACCGAGGAAGAAGGGACCGCAGACGUUUGCCGAGAUGGGCUUCGUCAGCAAGCCGGUGCAGGAUGAGGGGUGUGUCAUUAUGUAG